UAUAGCAAUUGGGUUGACCAUCUUCAGCUUGAAUAUGUCGGGGUCCGGAUCUGGAUUUUGAAUUGAACAAUCAUACCUCACAAAUUCAAAUAUCCCCAGUUCCCUCCCAUUCCCCAAUCCCUAAUUCUAUCUCCCAAUUCCCAUUUCCGAUGGCCGACCAGCCGCUCAAACCCCCAAAACGACCCCGACCGACCUCCGAAAGGCAAUGGUCUCUCUCCGAUUUCGACGUCGGCAAACCCCUCGGAAAAGGUAAAUUCGGCAGAGUGUAUGUCGCUCGCGAAAUCAAGAGCAAGUACAUCGUGGCGUUAAAAGUGAUAUUCAAGGAGCAAAUUCAGAAGUAUAACUUGCAGCACCAGUUACGGAGGGAGAUGGAGAUCCAAACCGCCCUCCGCCACCCCAAUGUGCUGAGGCUUCACGGAUGGUUUCACGACGACGACCGGAUUUUCUUGAUUUUGGAGUACGCUCACGGCGGCGAGCUCUACAGAGAGCUUCGAAAAUUGGGGCACCUCUCCGAGACACAGGCUGCUACGUACAUAGCUAGUCUCACAAACGCUCUGGCGUACUGUCAUGAAAAGCAUGUUAUUCACAGAGACAUCAAGCCAGAAAAUUUGUUGCUUGAUCAUGAGGGUCGGCUGAAAAUAGCAGAUUUUGGUUGGUCUGUACAGUCCAGAAGCAAAAGACACACUAUGUGUGGAACCUUGGACUACUUAGCACCAGAAAUGGUGGAGAACAAAGCGCAUGAUUAUUCUGUUGAUAACUGGACAUUGGGCGUUCUCUGCUACGAGUUCUUAUAUGGUGUCCCUCCAUUUGAGGCUGAAAGCCAGAGGGAUACAUUCAAAAGGAUAUUGAAGGUUGAUUUAACCUUUCCUUCCACCCCUGAGGUUUCAGAAGAAGCUAAAGAUCUCAUUAGCAAGCUUCUUGUGAAGGAUUCAUCAAAAAGGCUGUCUCUUGAGAAGAUCAUGGAACAUCCUUGGAUCAUGAAGAAUGCCAAUCCUUUGGGGAUCUGCCCAAAUUAGCAUUAUGCAAUAAUCUUUUUGCUAUUUUGACUCAACUGACAUAAUUCCAAGUUCAAUGAGAAGAUAUAAAAUCACCAACCUGUCAUCUUCGUACUCAUUGAAUUGAAGAGAUAGGAUAUGACACUUUAAUGUUUUGGCUUGUAUUAUCUAUUUUGAAUGUGCCAUUGUAAAGUCUGGAUUCAGUUUCACUUUUUGCUAUGUACAUAAAGCACUAGUCUUUGCCUUCAA